UUAUUUUGCAGAAGUUUAACAAACAUGGAACAAGAAGAGAGUCAAAUUACCAGCCCUGAAGUCCUCAAUCAGUCUGGAAAUCAGAUGGGUGCAGAAAGAUCAGAGCCUUUUGAAUAUAGCGAGAAUACUCAAACAUUGGAUGAAGGCUAUACUGAGAAAGAGAUCGAGCAGGAUGAAGAUCAAGAGUAUGUAAAAGAUGAAAAUAUGGGAGAAGGAGAUGAGGAAAGGAAUGAGGAAUUAGAAAAAUCUAAUCCCAUUCGUUUGACACAUAGUGAGAAAAUGAUGCUGAACUCAGCUAAAAUUGGUGAUAAGGGACCCCAAAUUGAAAGCGAUCAUUAUGGCAAGCCGAGAAAAACCAUAUCUGAUGAAGAGAAUGAUGCAGAAUUUGAUGGCUUUGUCAUUAUCAAUGCUCCUGGAAGCAUGAAAACUAUAAAAGAAGAUGUAAAGGAUGAAGACUCCUCAUCAAAUUCUCAAGGAUAUGAAUCCGGAUGCUAUUUAAUUUCAAGCAAAACUAGUACUCUCGAAGCAUCUCACGAAAACAAUUCAGCGUUUUCUGUUCUUACAGACAAGUUUUGCAGCAGCAUUAAAAGUUUCAAGAAUUCAAUCAUGAAAGAAAACUCCAACCCUUAACAUCCCUCCAAUCCACUCCACCCCAAGAUGUUAGAAUCCCCCGCAUAACAUUCAUUUACCUUCUAACAUUUUCACCUAAAAAUCCCACUUGUUCUUUACAACUCAUAUUUCUUUUACUGUCUCUGCUCCAAAGUUAUAGGCAGGAUGAUGAUUUCUUU